CGGACCACAAUUUAAUCAAGUCUCAACCCAAGUCCCAUCGAUCACACGUUCAUCUAGAUAGGGAUCUAUAAUAUUGAGGUAUUAAACGAACUGCCGCCCCUAUAAUCUGCAGCAUUACAUCCAAAUCAGACAAGCAAGCCACAACAUGUCGACCCUUUCAGACGACACUCUCCGUAAAAUCCUCCUCCAAAUCCAGACCCAAGCGAUAACCUCCCAAAAACAAUUAGCCGUUGUCAAAGCCCAAAUUACAUCUAAAGAGAAGGAGCGUCGGAUCUUGGCUCUACAAGUGAAAGAGCUCGGGAAUGUUCCUGGGGACGGGGGGAUGUACAAGGGCGUUGGAAAGAUGUUUAUCGAACAACCGCGACAAGAGAUUAACAAGGAGAAUGUAGAGCAAGAGAAACAACUCGCAGAGGACGUUCAGAACCUUUCCAAAAAGGCAAAGUACUUGGAGAAACAAUUCGACGAAGCGAACAAUCAAUUAAAAGAUAUCUUCCACGCCCAAAAACGACAAGAACAAAGCUAGACCCGACUGGAAUAUUAGUCAGAGGGUGAACGAGAGCUGUUUUUUGCUCUGGCUGGCUUUUAGACUCUGCUAGCCUUUAUGUAUUUGUAUCUUUAAGUCGUUGUGUUUACGUUUUAUUCCUUUGAUGCGCUUACUUGGGAGUUCAGCCCGAGGAGGG